GAGUCAGAGAGUAUAUGUGCUCUGGAUAGAACUGCGCUCCUUUUCCGCGUACACUCAAUUGCAUUUUGCGCAUCGAAACAUCACAUUCUAAAACGAACCUUUUUGUUGCAUCCAGUGCGCGGGUAUUUUAUUUCCAUAUUUAGCUGUGCGUAUUUAUUUAUUUAUUAUUUAUUUAAAAGAUGAAGGCCAGCGCACCGGUUCGCCCUCACAAGGUUUCUUCAAGCUGCAGUGAGCUCUCCUUGCGUUAUUUGUCGGAACGCAGCCGAUGCAAAAUGGAAGAGGAGGAUCUUUUCUGCCUGCAGUACGACAUGAACGACUGCUACAGCCGACUCAAGCGCCUGGUGCCCACUAUUCCGCAGGAUAAGAAAGUCAGUAAAGUGGAGAUCCUCCAACAUGUCAUUGACUACAUUCUGGACCUGCAGCUGGCGUUGGAGACGCACCCGACUCUUCUGAAACAGACGAGCCCACCCGCCUCCACACGGACCCCUCUCACACAAAUCAACACAGAGCAGAGGACAACGGGUGUCAAUAAGCAGGACGACUCAAUUUUGUGUCGCUGAGAUGUUGCACACUGGUGUGCACUGAACCCAUCCAAAGCCAAGCCCGGCUUCACCAGGGAAUCCAACACACAUCAGGCCCAAUCACAAGGGAGGGGACUGCAAAGCAGCACUGAAACUAAUAGCUACUAAAUCUUAAUAUGUAAACAAUUUAAUGUCAGCUGUCAAACAUGUGGUGAAGCCAGCCAAGAUUUCUCCCGUGCCCAUUUUGUUCUCUCUCAAUGGAGGAAAUGCUGAAUUCGGACAGAGAAAUCAAAUCCCCCCUAUUGGUUCUCUUGCCACUUUUCUCACUCCUCCACAGGGAGUUUGAUUUGAACGCUAUUUAAAAGCAUCCCAGGAAAAACAUACGUCUAAUUUAACUAAAAAAAUAAAGCUUUAUGAAUAAAGUUUUAACAUGUAAACAUGGGACAUCUAUUGUUUCAAAUAGGUGAUUUGUGUUGAACAGGGAUUUCCCUGCAAUUACACUGUUUAAUAUUGUAAAAAAAAAACAACAAUAAGUGUUGAGGAAUAACACUGUACAUAUGAAGGAGGAUGUUCUAUAAAUGUAUGUGCAAGAGAAUAUCUAUAUGUUCAACAAGCUGAUUGUAAUUAUUCUAAAAUAUUUUUUAUCGAAAGGUGUUUUGUUCUGUAAAUAUUGUGUUUUCGCAUAAGUGUAGUGAAUGAUUACAUGAUGUUCUGCUAAUAAAGGUCUCACAUCAUAA